UUAAACAUAUUAUAUUAGUGUAUGAUUAAUUAUAGUAUAUGAUAAAUAGAAAUAUUUAUUUAUUACUAAUAACAAAUCUUACACAAUUUGCAAGAAGAAGAAUAUGUCUACAUAGCGAUGUUUUCUAUGUGCAAAAUUUUAAUUAUACUACUAAAUUAAUAUUUAUUAAUGAUUUUAAAAUUUUAAAACGUCUAACUUUUAACAUAAGAAUCCAUAAUCAAAAAUCACUUCAUAAUAUAAUAGAUCUUAAUUCUUUUAAAUAAUUUUAAAGUUUCGUAAAAUACCAAGACCAUAUAAAGCUAUCUUUUUUUGUCAUCCAUAUUCAUUCUUAAAAAUGAUAAUUUAUUAAAGUUUAUAUUCAUUCUUAAAAAUUAAAUUUUAUAAUAAAUUUAGCAUUGAUCAUUCACAAUAUACUAAGUUUUGUUUUUGUAUAAGUCAAUAUACUAAGAUUCUAAUAAAUUUUAUAAAAUUUGUCAUAAUAUCUCGAGUUAAAGAUUUACUUUUUCUCUCUUUCUUCUACAAUAUUUGUGUAUUUUGUAUUUUCGUAACAUUAUGUCUUACAGGUUAGUAGAAAUCAAAUUUUAGACGCAAAAAAGUCAAGUCUUAUCCUAAUCAUGAGUGGCCAAUCGACUCAAGGAAGCUUCCUCUGACUUGCAAAGGUACACGGUUUAUUACACUAUAAAUACAGUUGUACCUUGGUACUGAAGAUGUUAAACUUACAAAUAAAUAUACAAAAAUGGAAUUCAAAAGGAGUAGUAGCAUCGUCCUGCAUCUCUUUCUAUCAUUUCUCAUUCAUACGCAGAUCACAGCCGUUGAUUCACUUAGCCAAACAACUCUUUCAUCUGUUGAUCAAAAACGUCAUCCCUUAACUUUAGAAACAAUAUCUUUUCCUGCGGAUUUCAUGCGAAGACAGCUUGCCGGAGGAGGCGGUAGCAGCGGCGGUGGCGGAGGUGGAGGAUCUCGAGGCGGUAGCUCAGGUGGAAGCAGCGGUGGUGGUGGAGGCGGAUCGAAAGGUGGUAGCUCAGGUGGAAGCAACGGUGGUGGUGGUGGAAGUCGCGGAGGUGGCGGCAGCCGUGGAGGGGGCAGCGGUGGAAAAGGUAAAGGAGGGGAUGGAGAUGAUGGUGAUAGUGGGAGCGGGGGUGGUGGCGGUGGCGGUGGCGGUGGCGGUAAUGGAAAUGGAGGAAACACUAUACCAUCUACGACUACUACUAUUCAAGGUGGUCGAUUUCCAAGCGGUGGCGCCCGCCUUCAACAUUCUUUAGUCUUAUUCAUCUUCACGAUCAGUUUAGUUGUCCUUAUCCUUAAUUUUUAGUGUGUGUCUCUCUUCUUAAUGAUUAUUUAAUUGGUUUGUUUAGGUUAAAAUAGAUUGAAGAUGGUAGUCAAUUGUUUAUUAUUUGGAUUCUUGGAACCAUGAUGAUCAUUAUACUUUUGUUUUUGCAGAUCGUUUGUUAUUUCUAGUUGAGUUGUGUAAAAAUUAUAAAGUGGAUUUGUGUUCUUCAUGUAAUACUUUUGCAUAUGUGAUUUUUAUGUUUAUAUAUAAUAAUACUUUUUAAGUA